CCGUCCGAUGGAAAUGGCAAGACGGCGAGAGAAAGCCGCACGCGCUUUUGAUAACGGGAAAUGCCGAGGGGCUGUUGGCUUUUGUGGACAGCGACGCGCGCUCGCUCGCACCAGCCGAGAUACUUUGGCAGCGUAAUGGCUGCUGCCAGUGAGGCCGACCGAGACGCGCGUGCAGAAUAGCGAAAGCGCCGCUCGGCAGCUGCGACGCCCUCGCGCGCACAACGGAGAAGCAAAAUAGCCACCGUUGUCGCCACUUCUGGGGCUCCGGCCCGCCUGACACCCGCUUGCGGCCAUGUCCCUCGAGCGAGGAGUUGACGCCUUCGGGUCGACCAACAGCGACAUCCGGUGGGACUACGAAAGCGGCGCUGCGCUGUCGGAUAGCGGCGACGCAGGUGAGCCUCUCAUUCAAGGAAGCGACGGCGGCGCCAUGCGUCGCUCUCUGUGGGUCCGUCUCAGGAAGCGCGCCUGGAUCGUGCCGGUGAUUUACACGCACUUCUGGGCGGCGGCCGUCAUGUCGCUCGUGGCACCUUUCUUUCCGCCGCUCGCGGACUCCAGAGGUAUACCAGCGUGGAAAUAUGGCUUUUUUUUCUCAACCAUGAAACUUACGAUGCUUCCAGGAGCUGUGAUAGCCGAAAAAUUGAUCUCGGGUGUCUCCGCCAGGGCUGGCUACCUAGGUGGACAAGUAACCACAUCAUUAUUCUGUAUCAUAUGCGGCCUUCUCUACUGGAUAAAGAGUGGCAACCUACUGUUGGGCGUCUCUCUGCUCAUGGCAGCUUUCGGCGGCUGCUGUAACACAGUCUACAGCGUUUGCUUGUACACUCUACUUACCUCAAGAUUUCAAGACGACGGCGGUAUGCUCAUCGGCCUGAUGGAAUGCCUCUGGGGAGCAGGCACGUUGGUUGGAUCGUCCAUCGGCGGGGCUCUCAUUGACCUUUGGGCGUUUCCUCUCCCUUUCUUCGUCAUCGGAGGUGUUCUACUUCUGUCAUUACCCUUCAUGGCACUAAUAAAUCCCAAGAGCUCCAAACAUGACAGCCCAACAAACGAUAGGGUGCUGCAACACCAAGGUGCGGAGAAGAAAUACUGGCACCUCAUUUUUGAUUUUAUAUUUAUAGUUAAUCUUUUCACCGUCAUGAUAAGUUGGGCUAUGACCAGCUUCAACGAACCAACAUUGGAACCACAUCUACGUCAGUUUAAGAUGUCAAGCACAGAAGUAGGAACUGUAUUCACAGUUCAGUUCAUUGGAUACUCCAUUGGUGCUUUACUUGGAGGUCUCUUCGCCAAGUUCAAGGUGGAACCAUUCAUGAACUUUUUCGGGACGUUGCUGUCCACGAUAGGGUACAUCAUACUCGGCCCGAUUCCGAUCAUACCAAUUCCGCCGAACGUUUUCUUCGUAUACAUCUCCCAGGUGUUCAUUGGCGUCGGCAUGGCAGCCACAUAUGUCAGCCCCUACAUGCAUGCCCUCAGACAUGCCAUUGAAAACGCAGGUUACCCCGACAAUGAGAAAACCCACGGAGUAGUCACAAGUGCCACUUACCAGUUCAUGGUCUUCGGCGCCGUCGUAACUUCUCCCUUGGCGGGCUUUGUGACCCAGAGGCUGGGCUUUCCAUUUUCUUCCAUGAUUUUCGCCGGUUUUCUGGCUUUUUGGACCAUCGUGACGGGUCUUGUGUGGUUGCACCUAGAUUACUCACUUUUCGGCAAGCAGCGACCACCGGACUUCCAAAAACAGCCUGUGAUGGAGGAUGAAGACAAGGCGCAGACGGCGCCCAACUCUUCGUGAUCUUACUGAAAAGUAUCAGUCAUUCGCGGAGUACAUCUCAUCUAGAAGUGUAUACAGUGCUCUAGUUGUGUAAAUAAGCAAAACUGGACACGUGAAACCUUAUCUGUGAUUUUACGCGGAAGCGAUUGUGGUUGUGCGUGCGUAGCACGCGCUGAAGCGACGCGGACAAGCCAGAGACGUUCGCAUAAUUUUGGUCGCGCUUAGGUAACAGUUCCUUUUUUUUUCUAUCUCUCAGCAGAAUUGAUGCAAAGAAAGCGUGAAAGUAUCGUAUUAAAUGUUAAGUAAAAACCUUGAAAGAAGGGUUGUCCAAACUGAGUCAUUUUUGGCCAACUUAUUGAAAGAGGCCAUGAACGUUUUAAGAAGGCAACAGAUGCCUUGUUAACCAACUAGGCCUAAAUGAGCACCGCACUCGCGUUGAGAACUCUGCUCUGAAGGCUUCGCGUGCUCCUGACGCGAAUGACUUUUCCGGUGCGAAUUACUUGUGGAAGUAUAUUUUGUAUAACUAUAGAUGAACGCGGUAAAAUGAGAUAAAAUUGUGCUUAAAUCGGAAGCACCAACUAUGCAGUAAAGUCUUCGGCGACUCAGUGAAAGGAUGGAAAGGUGAACCAAUUAAUAGAUUCUAUUCGAUUCAC